AUGCUGAAGUCUAAGACGUUUGUGAAGAAGACGCGAUCUGGCGGGGUGGUGAAGAUAGUGCGGGAACAUUAUUUGAGAGAUGAUAUUUGGUGUGGUAGUGAGGUAUGCUCCGAGUGCAAACCAGAGACUACAGAACUGCAGAAAAAUGCUUACAUCGAGAGCAAUCUGUGCGCCUACCCACACUAUCUGAUCCCUGACACCAAUGUGGUCCUGCAUCAGAUUGAUGUGUUGGAGGAUCCUAUAAUCCGUAAUGUCAUCAUACUACAGACUGUUCUACAAGAGGUCCGCCAUCGCAGCGCUCCCAUAUACAAACGAGUGAAAGACAUGCUGCAUGAGAAAGAGAAGCAUUUCUAUACUUUUACUAAUGAACAUCACAGGGAAACAUUUAUUGAGCGUGAGCCAGGGGAGAGUGCAAAUGAUCGAAAUGACAGGGCGAUUCGUGUAGCUGCGAAAUGGUACAGUGAACACCUGAAGGCCUUCAAGUCUUCCUCCGAUGGACUGGAGGUAGUGCUCCUAACAAAUGACCAGGGGAACAAACAAAAGGCAGCAGACAUAGGACUGGUAGUUUUUAAAUGUGAGGAAUAUAUCAAGAGUCUUAUUGCAAACCCAGAGCUUGUUGAUCGCUUGGCAUUGACUGACAACGAAAAGAAUGAGAUCUCAAAGAAAGUGUUAUUCCCAGAACACCUUCCACUGUCCAAGGUCCAAGCGGGCAUCAAAGCUGGUACCUUUCUCCAAGGAACAUAUCGGGCCAGUCGAGACAAUUACCUGGAGGGAAGUGUCUUUGUUCAAAAAGAUGGUGAAGAAAGUACAGAGGUUCUUAUCCAGGGGCUUGCCAAUCUGAACAGAGCAGUGCACCAAGAUGUGGUCGCUGUGCAGAUUUUAGCGCGGGACAAGUGGGUGGCUCCUUCUUCAGUAGUUCUUCAAGAUGAGGGCGCGGCAAAGGAUGAUGCCGGUGACGAGGAGGAUGAAGACAAGGCAUUGAAAACCACAUUCGCUGAAACAGCCAAAAAGCCCACUGCACGGAUCGUGGGGAUCAUCAAAAGAAGCUGGAGACCUUUUUGUGGAAUGCUCAAUGUUUCUCAGAUAAAAGAGUCAACGAGACAUCUCUUUACUCCUGCCGAUCGACGUAUUCCACGUAUUCGCAUAGAGACGAGACAGUCAUCCACACUCGCUGGACAGAGAAUUAUGGUGGCCAUUGACGGCUGGCCCAAAGACUCCAGAUAUCCAAAUGGUCACUUUGUGCGCAGCCUGGGUGGUGCAGGGGAAAAGGAAACGGAGCAAGAAGUGCUGCUCCUCGAACAUGACGUCCCUCACCAGGCAUUCUCUCAAACUGUGCUUAGUUUUCUUCCCAAGAUGCCGUGGGUCAUCACACCAGAGGAAAGUGCAAGCUCUUCCUAUUGGGCUGUUGUGGUGGACGAAGGAAAGAGAGAGGAUCUUCGACAGCUGAUCGUGUGCAGUGUGGAUCCUCCUGGAUGCACGGACAUCGAUGAUGCUCUUCACUGCAGAGAACUGGACAAUGGAAACUUGGAGGUCGGUGUCCAUAUUGCAGACGUCAGCCACUUCAUCAGACCAGGAAACGCUCUCGAUCAAGAAGCAGCCAACAGAGGAACCACUGUCUACCUCUGUGGAAAGAGAAUAGAUAUGGUUCCUGAGUUACUGAGCUCCAAUCUGUGUUCCUUGCGCUCCAAUGUUGAGAGGUUGGCCUUUUCCUGCAUAUGGGAAAUGAACCACAACGCCGAAAUAGUGAAGACACGCUUCACAAAAAGUAUAAUUAACUCCAAGGCCUCUCUGACGUACGCAGAAGCCCAGAUGAGGAUCGAUGAUUCUACUAUGAAUGAUGACAUAACAAUAAGUCUGCGCGGCCUCAACAAACUCGCUAAGAUUUUGAAGAGACAAAGAAUACAGAAUGGGGCCCUCACUCUGUCAUCAUUGGAGGUCCGUUUCCACAUAGACAGCGAAACCCACGACCCGAUCGAUCUUCAGACUAAAGAACUAAUGGAAACCAACUCCAUGGUAGAGGAAUUCAUGUUGUUGGCUAAUAUUUCAGUUGCCCAAAAGAUCUAUGACGAGUUUCCCGAGUGUGCCUUGCUGAGGAAACAUCCAGCCCCUCCGCCUUCAAACUACGACAUUCUCAUAAAGGCUGCAAAGUCAAAGAAUGUAGAGAUCCACACAGAUUCGGCGAAAGCAUUGGCUGACUCCCUGGACGUCGCCCGAGUCGACAACUUCCCAUACUUUAACACAUUGUUGCGAAUUUUGGCGACCAGGUGCAUGAUGCAGGCAGUGUACUUUUGUUCUGGCAUGGACAGCGACUUCCACCACUACGGUCUGGCUUCUCCAAUCUACACACACUUUACGUCUCCCAUCAGAAGGUACUCUGAUAUCAUCGUACAUCGCCUUCUGGCUGUGGCUAUCGGAGCAGACGCCACCUAUUCAGAUUUAAUGGACAAACACAAGCAGUCGGCUCUUUGCAACAACCUCAACUACAGACACAAAAUGGCUCAAUAUGCUCAGAGGGCCUCCGUGGCGUUCCACACACAGCUCUUCUUCAAAAGUCGAGGUGUUUUAAAUGAGGAGGGCUUUGUUCUAUUUGUGAGGAAGAAUGCAAUCAUAGUACUCAUCCCAAAGUUUGGAUUGGAGGGAACGGUUUUCUUUGAUAGCAAAGAUAAAGCUGGUCCAAAGCUAAUCUAUGAUGAAGAGGGUCCUGUCCUGACAGUGGAGCAGCAUACAUUUCACAUAUUUGAUAAGGUGAAGGUCACGAUCAGCCUGGAUGCUUCUAAUAUCCAGCAUCAGAAGAUUCGAAUGGCUCUGUUGGAUCCCGUGAUUCCAGGAGUGAGUGUUCCAGCUGAAAACCCUGAGCCACCAUCCAAGAAAUCAAAAAUUGAUCGCUAG